AUGUUGGCUACGACGGUUGGUAUUGUGUUGGGUUGGGUCUUGGGGACCGCCGUCGCCUCGCCGACAUGUCCUAUUGACGGGCCUGCCUUUCCGAAGCCCCUUCGGCCGUCCCAGAACGAGGCCAUCAAGACAGCGGUGGCGACCCUGCAGGAUAUAUUUGCCAACAUUACGGCGGCGGCUCAGGAUUACUCCCUCUCUGUGCAGGUCUUCUCCGCGCACGAGCCCGAGCCGCUGUUCUCGCUGUCCCACACGGCGCCGAAUCUCGACCAGACAACGCCCGGUGUGAAGACCGUCGACGAGAACACCGUCUUCCGCCUCGGCAGCCUCACCAAAAUCUACACAAUCUACGCCUUCAUCAUCAACGCCGGCGAUCGGCUCUGGAACGAGCCCAUCACGAAGUACGUCCCCGAGCUCCAGGCGCUGGCCAACCGCUCGGACCCGGUCAACAACGUAGCAUGGGACGAUAUCACCCUCGGCGGUCUCGCGACGCAGUUGACGGGAAUCCCGCGGGAAUAUGCGUUACUUGGAGAGCUGACCCAGUCGAAAGAAACGAAGGACAGGGUGGUGCAACUUGGAUUCCCGCCGUUACCGAAGGACCAACUGCCGCCAUGCGGAGCAUACCCAACGUGUACUCGAGCUCAAUUCUUCAAUGGCAUCAGCCAAUUCUAUCCGUCUCUGGCCCCAUUCCAGUCGCCGGCAUAUUCCAAUGUUGCGUUCCAACUCCUCGGUUAUGCUCUCGAGACAAUAACGGGAAAGAAGUUCGAAACAAUCGUCGAAGAAACUGUGAUCGAGCCUUUAGGACUGAACCGAACGUUUCUCCGAGCCCCCAACGACUCUCUCGGCAUCAUUCCCGGAGACUACUUUGAGACGGGAUGGGCCUACGACAUCGGGGAAUCCGUAGCGACCGGAAACAUGUACGCCUCGGCAUCGGAUCUCUCGGCCCUGGGCCGGGCCAUCCUGGGCCACAAGCUGCUGUCGCCGGUGCAGACGCGGCGGUGGCUCAAGCCGUUCGCUUUCUCGUCGGACCCGCGGGCGAUGGUCGGCAUGCCGUGGGGCGCCCGCAGGAUCAACCUCGAGGACACGUACCGCUGGACGACAGCCUUCAACAAGGCCGGUAACAUUGGCAACUACAGCGCGCUCCUCGCGCUCCUGCCCGACUUUGACAUCGGCAUCUCGAUCCUCGUCGCCGGCAAGCUGCCGGGGAACGUCGGUUUUGGCCUCGCCGACGUCAUCGGAGGGCCUCUGCUGCCGGCGAUCGAGCAGGCGGCGCGGGCGGAGGCCGGGGCGCAGUACAGCGGGCACUACGUAGCAGCAGACGCGGGGGUGAACUCGUCGAUGACGAUCGAGACGGACGCGCUGCCGGGGCUGAGCAUCUCGCAGUGGUUCAGCAACGGGACGGACUUCGCGUGGAUCGCGACGGUGCUGCAGAACCAGUACUACCCGGUGCGGCCGCGGAUCCGGCUGUACCCGAGCGGGCUCGCGGGGCCGGGCGCGGACGGGCGCGGCACGCGCGUCGCGUUCAAGGCCAUGUUCGAGGACGCCGACGGGCCCCGCCUCGACGGCCGCAUGUUCUCCACCGAGUGCGGCACCUGGGUCUCCAUCGAGUCCGUCAUCUACGGCUCCGCCGCCGUCGACGGGCUCAUCUUCAACGUCGACCCCGACGGCCGCGUCGUGAGCGUCACGUCGCCCGCGCUGCGCGUCACGCUGAAUAAGGAAUGA